AUACUGUGAUCCAAUAUGGAUAUCGUAAGAAAGUUGCUUCCAGUGUUUUUAUUUGCUUGGUGUUGCGUUUUUGUUAUAAACAAGAAUGGAGUUGAAGCAUCACAUCGGAUUAUCGAACGUCUUCAAAAUGUUAAGGCCCUUGAAGUGAAGGACGCCCACAGAACCAAGUUCCACUUUCAACCUCCACAGCAUUGGAUUAACGAUCCAAAUGGACCCAUGUACUUCAACGGGGUGUACCACUUAUUCUACCAAUACAAUCCCAAAGGAUCUGUGUGGGGAAACAUCGUGUGGGCGCACUCCGUCUCUAAAGACCUAAUCAACUGGGAAGCCCUAGAACCAGCCAUAUACCCCUCCAAACCCUUCGACAUGAACGGUUGCUGGUCCGGAUCCGCCACCAUCCUCCCGGGCAACAAGCCCGUCAUCCUCUACACAGGCCUCGACCCGGAAAAGCGCCAGGUCCAGAACUACGCCAUCCCCAAAGACGACACCGACCCCUACCUCCGCGAAUGGAUCAAACCAGACAACAACCCAUUGGUGGUGCCCUCCCCGGAAAUGAACGUCAGCCAGUUCCGCGACCCCACCACAGCCUGGUGGUACAACGGCCACUGGAGGAUGGCUGUAGGAGGAAAGAGAGGGCAGCGAGGCAUGGCGUAUCUGUACCGGAGCAUGGACUUUAAGUUCUGGGUCAAGAGCAAGCACCCGCUCCAUUCGGCUGAGAAUACCGGCAUGUGGGAGUGCCCGGACUUUUUCCCGUUGUAUAAGAAUGGGAACAAGCAGGGAGCGGACACCUCGAGAGUUGGGCCGGAUGUGAAGCACGCGUUCAAGGUGAGCCUGGAUGAGACGAGGUAUGAGUACUACACACUGGGGAUGUAUAAGCCGGAAGAUGACUCGUACAAAGUGGAUCCGAGAAUGCUGGACAGUCGGGACGGGUUGAGAUAUGAUUAUGGCAACUUUUAUGCGUCCAAAACUUUCUUUGAUCCUGUGAAGGGUAGAAGGAUUUUGUGGGGUUGGGCUAAUGAGUCUGAUUCAGCUGACGAAGAUACGGAAAAGGGGUGGGCCGGAAUUCAGGCAAUUCCACGACAGAUCUGGCUCAGUCCUGAUGGGAAGCAAGUGCUACAAUGGCCUAUCCAAGAAGUGGAAACUUUGAGGGGGCAAAAGAUUGACAUAACAAAUCAACUUCUAGAAAAGGGAAAGCCUUUUGAAGUUCGUUCAAUAACUGCUGCACAGGCCGAUGUUGAAGUUACCUUCACCAUUCCGAGCGUGGACAAAGCUGAGGAGUAUGAUCCUACCUGGCGGGAUGCGGAAACGGCGUGUGCGGCAAAGCGUUCGAAUGUUCCAGGUGGUGUUGGGCCAUUCGGACUCUUGACAUUGGCCUCUCAAAACCUAGAGGAGUUCACUCCCGUCUUCUUUAGGAUUAUCAAAAUAAAAGAGCAAAAGUACAAGGUUCUUAUGUGCUCUGACGCAAAGUUUUCAACUUUGAAGCCGUUCGAUGAGAAACAGUAUAGACCAUCGUUUGCCGGCUUAGUAGAUGUAGAUAUAGCCGCCGACAAGAAGAUUUCCCUCAGGACUUUGAUUGAUCAUUCUGCUGUUGAAAGUUUUGGAGCAGGAGGAAGAACAUGCAUCUUAUCUAGGGUUUAUCCGACCCUAGCUGUAAACGAUGCAGCUCACUUGUUUUUGUUCAACAAUGGCACCGAGCCAAUUACUGUUCAGACUCUCACUGCUUGGAGUAUGAAUGCUCCUAAGGCCAUGAACCAGGGCGAAAAAUGAAGUACUCAUCAGAAGGUAAUUUGAUCGAGCUUAUAGACAUGUAUGAGCGUUACAGUAGACAUGUCGAUCCCAUAGUAGGUGUUGUUGCAAUUGGAUUAUUGAAGGUUCUGUAAUGGCCCUCAUAUGUUGAUUUGUGAUUCCAUUUUAAUUGAAUUGAACACGGUUUUCCGAUUGAAA